AUGGCAGGCAAAACGUACAACGUCGGUGUGAUCGGAUAUGGAAUGUCCGCAAAGGUCUUCCACAUUCCCCUCGUCCUCAUCACACCACAGUUCACUCUCCAUUCCAUCGUACAGCGCACGCCGAAGCCAAACGACGAUGCUUCCAAAGACCACCCAAGCACGAAGAUUUACCACUCCGCGCCUGAGAUGUUCGCCGACCCCUCCAUCGACAUAAUUGUUAUAACUACCACACCAGACACGCACUUUUCCUUCACAAAAUCUGCCCUGGAGGCCGGAAAGCAUGCCAUCGUCGAGAAGCCUUUCGUUCCCACCAGCGGCGAGGCACAACAGCUGGUCGAUAUUUCCGCGAAGACGGGGAAGCUGAUUUGCGUAUACCAGAACCGUCGAUGGGACACGGAUUUCCUCACGGUGAAGAAAUUACUCGAUGAGGGCACGAUUGGGCGCUGCGUGGAAUUCGAGACCCACUUUGACCGCUACAAGGCCAUUCGGCCCGAGACCUGGAAAGGGACGCUGGGCAUGGAUCAAGCUGGUGGAGUCAUCUAUGAUCUUGGAACUCAUUUAAUCGAUCAGGCGUAUGUGUUGUUUGGCAUGCCUGCCAGCGUGACCGGCGUGUUCGCAAACCAAAGGAAUGAUGGCCAGGCGGAACCCGACAGCUUUACAGUUAUGUUGCAAUAUAGCAAUGGGGGACCGCUGGUCACGGCCAAGGCGGGUGUUAUGUGUGUUGAGACUGAGCAGCUGCGGUACUGGGUGCGGGGAUCUAAGGGCAGCUUCAAGAAAUUCCAUCUUGAUGUCCAGGAAGAUCAGUUGAAGGCUGGAUUAAAGCCGGGAGACCAAGGAUUCGGAAUCGAGUCUGAUGACCGUGCUGGUUCAUUGGUCGUUCUAGACGGGGAGACUAAGCCCAAGGGGAGCACACUUAAGAAUGUAACUCCGCUUACAUACGCUUCUCUAUAUGCGGGCUUCGCAAAGGCUAUCGAAGGAGGUGGAGAAAGCGCCGUGCCAGUUAAGGCGAGCGAAGCCAGGGACGUUUUGAGGAUCAUCGAAGCGGCAAAGGAGAGUGCUAAGAGUGGGAGGUCUGUGGCUUUGUAG